AAACGAGUUGGCAGCUUCAAAUUUACCGCGAAAGUUGCGCGUGGGAAACCGAGAGUUUUUAUUUAUUAUUAUUUAUUAAAACACAACCAUGCCGGCAGUCGAAAAGAGAAGCAACAUCCAUGAUUGGAAACGGCUGUGGCAAAUGGUCUCUGGCAUACACUUUGAGACACCGCAAGAGACAGUGGGUGAGGAGUUACUCCGCAUCUCCUCUGAACUGCAGGAUGGUGUGCUUCAGUUCAAGCCCAAGAAUGCUUCAAAUGUCGAUUUGGCCACUUUGUUGAAGGAGAAGAAACAGGAGAAGCUAUUGCCCUUCACGGAGACAUUGCAGGAAAUGCUAAAUCUUGAGUCUACACAAUGCUGGGAUUUACUGUGCUAUUAUCUAACCAAAGAGUAUAGAGGUUCAUCCAGUUUGCUGACCCAACUCAUAUCCACAGAUACCACUAUGACCAAAUUGCUGGAGGAUAUUCGUCAUUAUUAUUCGCUCGAACGGAUGAUUGUCCUAAAGAUAAUGAAGAAUAUAUUAGUAUUCUAUGGAGUACCAAAUCAUCCGUAUCAGAAGCAAUACAUUCAGAUUGUAGACAAUCUGACGCUGGAAAAAUUGCUUCACUCUUACUUGGAGCAAUUGGAAAGUUUGAUAAAUGAACUGCCCCCACGUAAACUGAUGGCGGGAGAAUGUUUUCAUUCGUCUGAUAGGCUAAUCAAUUGGUCAGAACGAAAUGCCCGAGAAACGAAUGAAGUUCUUCACAUCUUGUUGCUUCUCAGCGAACAUUUGCCCAUGGGUCUAAAGGAGAUAAAGCGCAUGUUUUCCGCCUUCAAGCAGCAUUCGUUUGGACGGAUCUACAAUAACCUAAACGAGGCAAAUAUCUAUCAUCAGGAUCUAAUUAAAACUCUCACCUACUCGGAACAGAUGUUGCUUCUGAAAUCCUUUGAUUCCCUCGAACAUUUGCCCAGCAAUGAGAUUGAGCAAUUCAUAGCGGAUCUCAAUGUAGAUAUUGCCUCUAUGCAUCAUAAAACAGAGCAUGGUCCUUUACUUCUCGCUUGGAUGUUGCUACGCCUGCGUCUGACCAAUGAUGCAGAUGAUCCAGCCAGUUUACUAUUCUGCCGUCAAUUGGGCAAACGUUCAGUGGAUUUGAAAUGUUUCAUUCAAAUGCAUUCCAUUCUCAAGCAUCCCAUGUUCUCCGAUGACAGUUUGCUAUCGCGAAUUGUUAGAAAGACCAUCUACAAUCAGUUGGGUUAUUUGUGUGAUCUCUUCGAUGGCGAUGGAAGUUGCUCACAAUAUGAGGGAAUCUAUGAUGUACUCUGUGAACUCUUGUCAUGGCCCCAAUUGGCCAAGGAUUUUUGUAGUCAAGAAGAUGGUGGUAUUCGUUCGCUUUAUAAUUCAUUGCUGGAAAACUUUCCUCUUGAAUUUGGUCACCUUUCUAAGUUGGCUGUGGCCUUGACCAAAGCAGGACAGGGCACUUAUAUCAAAAAUCAAUUGGAAUCCUUACCCAUAUUGGCUGUAAUUUAUGAUGAAAAAGAGCACAGAUUGCGAGAACUAGGCACGGAUGAAUAUGAAUUGACGGCAAGUGUCAAGCCUUUUGCUCACAUAGACUUCGAGUUGGCAGCUGGAACCACCUGCACGGCAGUACAACAUCCUUCAAGCUGUUUUAUGCAUUUUCGUACUCAGGUGAACUUUUUUCAUGCUUUGCAUCAUGAGAUUAACUGCCUGUUGAAGGAAACGCCACAUCUGAAUGGUGAAUUUGAGUCCAGUGAGAGGAUCAAACGUGUCGAGGCUGGUCUAAUGUAUUUGGAGGCAGCUGUGCAACGGGUCAAGUCCAUAGAUGGCAUCAGUUCCCAAAUGGUUCAUCCCACAGAAAUGUGCAUAGACCUGUUGAACAAAUUCAAGAGUUUGCAGUAUCCGCCGGCACGAUUAAUGGCCAGUUGUCUAAAUGUCUGCACUGCCCUGCUGCAUCUGGUGGAUGAGGAGAUCUUCAACAGAGUCAGACAUUUGGGUAUACUGCCAUCGAUUACUGCAUCCACGGGAGCGGAUGUUCUCAAUGAUUACAAACUCUAUGCGAGUGGGAGUGAAGUUUGUUUUGAAUCCCGUUUCCUUGGCUCCAUUAUAGACAAUGUGGAGAAGAAGAAUGAGAGUUAUGACUUUCUGCUGGCCUAUUUGCAUUUCCUGCGCACAUAUACGAAACUGAAAAGGAAUCGUUAUACUCAGGUGGAAAUUCCUGGUUUGAUUUUCCUACUAAGAGAUGUUUUUCCUCAUAUCCAUGCCUGGCACUUUAAGAAGCAACAGGACAAGAAUCGUAUAUACUUUGAAGUCUUGAGUUUCAUAUGUGAUAUCUUGGAUUUAAUUGGAUCCUCAAGCAAUGGCCCGUCCACAGUUUCAGCAGAUCUGUUGCUAAAAGUUUGUGUUUACUCGUUGCUUAACCUGGAGAAUGGUUUGGUCCUGCUACGUUUUGUGGGCGUCGGCAAUGCCUUUGUACAAUAUUCCAUGGAAUUGGAAACAAAUUGGAUGCAACAACAGCCACAUGGUCUAAUGAUGCUGGUGAGACUGUCAAUGCGCAUUUUAAUGCAACUGCUGCGCAUGAAGGAGAGUGUCUAUGGCAAGACGGGAGAGAAUUCUCUAUCGCCUCUGGAGGCUCUGAUCUAUACGCAACCCAAGCAGAGAGAUACCCUCAGGAUUAUACCCACAGUCUGUAGUUAUAUGUCCAAUAUAUUCGAUAGAUGGUUACCCAUUUUAUCGUGUCGCCUGCUAAAGCGAAUUGCUUUGGAGUUUAAUAUGUCGCUGUUGGCCUGCCUGGACAUGGAGGCGGAUCAGAUCAGACUGACAUUUAUGCAAAAGAUGCCCGAUGACUUGGAGAGUGAUGCCAUUAAGGUAGCCAUUCUGGAGCUGGUCGAUGCCUGUAUAGCCAAGCAACCUGGCGUAACCGAAGCCUUCUUUAAGGUCAAUUAUAAGGAGGACAAACGUGCUCAAUCCUUUUUUGGCAAGGAGAUUUAUGGCAAGACGACACCCAAUAUUGGUGAAAGUAUUGUUACCUAUAUGAGGGAAUUUCUUGAUGCCCUGCAAGAGGAACCACUAACCAUACAGCAAAUAUUGCCUGGCAAAAUAAUGAAUAUUUUCAAUUCGUUGUGGAAAAAUAAUUUGCAAAUGCUUGUUAAUGAUCUGACCAAGGAGAAGGGUUUCUGGGAUAAACUAUGCUCGCCCCUCUUCUCCGAACUUCAGCCCAAUCUACGCAUCUAUACGCAAUUGAUCAAUAUGGUAUCCAUUGAGAUAUACACUGGCGAUGAUAAAAAUGAAGCCCUAAAGAAAGUUUUGGAAAAGUUCUUUGAGAAAAAAUGGUUUGAAAAGUGGUUGGAUUAUGUUUUCGUUAUGCCCAAGGAGCCGGCAAAACAAUUGAGUUCCUCGGAUGAUUUGCCCGAUUGGAUUUGCUGUUUGCAAUCAUUUAAAGACUUAAUUAUCAUACUUUUGAAGAAGCAACCAAAGUUCAUGACCAUCCCGGAACCUCAAUUCAAGCUUUUGGCUAAAAAUUGUUUAAGUGUGUUGGUGGAUCGAGCUCAUUAUUUGGAUGAUAUGCGGCCCUUUAUAAUGUUGGCUGAACUUUAUGUAUUCAUUUUGCUUAAAUUCAAUCAUUCUUAUACUAAUUCUCCGCAAGAUGAGGAGGAAUUAAUGGAGAAUUUACUGCAGUUAAUGAAUAGGAUAUGCUCAUCGUAUGAGGAUUUACAUGUGAGGGCGAAAGAGGCAUGUCUGGCCAUUAUAACGAAAUGCGCCCAUUUGCAUACCAAUUUGUUAAUCAAGGAUUCAUCGAUUGCUUUGCGUUUUCUCAACUCUGUGGUUAGCAUUAUUUCCAUGGAACUGCAGCAUAUGGAGAAUUCGGUUAGCUUGGAUCAACAACUGGAUAAAUCAAAGCCGUCCGAGAUCUCAGAAAAUUCCUUAAUAUUGUGUCUCAACUUGCUUAAAGCAGUGGCCACUAUAUUCCACAAUGAUGGUCCCGGCAAUUGGGAUUUACCUUUUGUCUCGGUGAGACUGUUCCAACGACUAAUGCGCUGCAUCUCCCACACCUUGCCAUUGCACUCGAAACAAGUGUUGAGUGCCCAACUCUUAGAUGUCCUGAUAGUCUUUGCCAAAAGUCAUUGUUCUGUAGAGUUUUUGCAUUGCGAUGUGGGAGAAUGUUUAUGGUUGAACCUAUUGCCACCGCGUGAACUUUUGCAAUCGAAAAUAAAUGAAUUUAGCAAACCCCAAGGAACUGAUAAGGAUCGCUGGACCGUGGAGGAAUGGUGGCCCAUCUAUGCCAGAGGCAUUGAGUUGGUUAACAUAAUCUAUGAUAAGCAUAAGAAAAGUUUUCUCCCGGAAGUCUUACAAUUCAUUGGCAUACAUGAGGUUUAUUUGGUCGAAUCGCUUUUGCUGGUUAAACAAUCACUAGAACCAGCGGCCAUGCAGUUAAUCAAAGCAGCUAUUACACUAGUGGCGAGUCUAUCGGUGCAUGCAAAGGAAUGGCGUUCAGAUCAUCCUUCAUCGUUGGCCAAUAUAAUGCGCGCUGUCAAAGGUCUUUUGUGUCAUUCCUCUGCGCUGUUUCAUCAGCAACGCAAUUUAAAGUGUCUUUUAGCUGGUCGACGCUCUCAAUUGGAGAUAUUACGUAGCACGGAUAACAUUUGCAUUGAUGAUGAAAUCAUUACAGCCUGCAAUGAACUCAUUUACAUCAUUAUUUAUUGUGUCAAGUCGUUGCAACAAUUCUCACCGGAUCUUUUAGAUUUACUUUGCAAUACCAUUUAUUCGCCACACGAAUGGGAUAUCAUUUUGGAUGUGACAUUCGGGGCAUCAAAAUUAAAUGAUCAAAAUGUUUCCCUAACAUUUGGCAUGCUACUCAAUAUGGUUACCAUUUUUGUUAAGGCUUUAAAUCUGCAAAAUCAUGGCUUCAAUGAACUACCUCUCAAUAAGUUAAACAAUCUGGAUAUAGGACAUAUGGCGGAUCAAUGUGAUACAACCAGUUCCAUUCAUUCACCAAUCAAUCCAAGUUCACGCACUUUUUCCAAGAACCUUUCAACCAAUUCUAUAUCCUCAGUGGCAUGCCCUUCGACUGAGCUACUCUCCAACUUAGAUGGUCAAUUGUGUUUGGUGGCCCUGGAGCAUUUGUUGAUGUUUGUUGCCUCGCAAGGGAUUUUUAUGAUACGCCUGCCCGAACUAGAGCAACGUUGGAAACAAAUAAUUCGUCGAGAUGUCAACAGUGAGCUCCUCAGUUAUCAUGAGUUUGUGCGUCGCAAGGUGAUUGUGGAUUAUCGUGAUUCACGCUGUCAAUGGGUGAGGCGUAAGCAUGGUCUAUUAAAGAUUAAAUUUCACGAUCCCGCCAGAAGUUUAGCGACCCGUAAUACGGAUGUCGUGCGACGUGUUAGUACCUCCAAUCUGAAUGAAUUGCGUGUGAAUGUGGUGAGGCGGCAGCAUUUACAGCAUCAGCAGAGAACAAAUUUCGAUAUGACUCGUGUCCUAAGUCCCAUUGGUGGGGCUGCUGCACAAAAUGCACAACAAGUGGCCGCAUCGACACCCAGUUUGGAUGGGGCCGUAAGUCGUAAACGUCUCUAUGCCGAAGGAGAAUAUGCCACAGAAGAUGAUACCUCAACUGAAUUGGAAUUGCAUAGUUUCUCUUUACCUACCGAACCGGGUUUCUGUGAAUUAUCUCAGGUUCAAUUGGUUGAGGAAGAUUAUCUGCAGUUAAUGUCUAAUUUGUUUAGUGUAAUACCGCAGAGUGAUUAAGUUAACGAUGAUGUUGUUAAAAAUUUUCAAUGAUUUUUCUAUUAAUAUAAGGCAAUA